GGGCAUAUAAAGAGAAACAGAACACAAGCCAAGCUUUAUCCUUCUCACUCAGACCUCACAGGAAACCUCCAGCUCCCCCGACCCUCAACGCUCACCUUCGCUUCCCACAUUUUUCACUUCCACAGUCCGGCUGGCUGCGCUGAGUCUGACCACAGAAGAUGGCUACAUCCAACUGGAGAAUGAAUGGGCUCUGGAGGAGGAUGGCUGGAGUUUUGGUGCUCUGUACACUCUUACUCAGCAGUGAGGUGAUUUGUCAAGAUGAUACCACAGAUGCCCCAGAUGCCCCAUAUGCACAGUCCACUGCUGCUGCAGCUCCAGACUCAACUGCCACUCCACGUGGCACUGAUGCCCUAACCGCCGGUCCCACUGCUUCUGCUGCCCCCGGGGGCGGCUCAUUCACUACCAUUCUUGUGGCAUUCGAUCCCAGCAGCCAGGACGGAGACACUAGAGCAACCACUGCUGGAUCAGAUGUUGGAAACGUGGCUGGAGCGGCUGUCGUCGACUCCGAUUCUGGGAAAAAUGUUGGAAGUGAAACAGGUGACGACAGCGACUCCUCCUCCUCCUCAUCAUCAUCAUCAUCGGGCUCCUCUGUGUUCGUGGGAAUCCUGGUCAGCGGUCUGCUUGCUGCCCUUGCGAUCACCAUCGGCUACUGCAAAUGCCAGCGCAGGCCAGAGAAGAAGGGAGUGAAGCUGGCAGAGGAGGCCUAUCCAGUAGACCAGGACAACCAGGGGAACACUCUCGUAUCUGUGGCCCCUCUGAACCCCCCUCCCGAGACCCCGGAGAAGCCCAGCGCCAACGGAGAGUCCACCGAGGCGGCCAAGGCCCAAACUCCCCCUCCCACCAACGGCCACUCCACCGCCAAGGCGGCGGACACCGAGCUGUGAAAACGCCCGAGAACAAACGCGGCCCGGGACCUUCUCCCACAAACAUAGCCUCCUAACACACACACACACACACACACACACACACACACACACACACAUACAAUACAUCUCUGAAUCCACUCUCCCCCCACAGCUACGUGGACAUCAAGGACUAAAACAAUCUGAUAUCCCCACACACUCCUGUUUCUUUACAAUCCUCUCGCCUCCUCCUUUGGCUACGCGCCUCAGCGGGCUCCAGGAGAUCUAGUCUGAUGACGGCAGUGAUGACAGAGAUGAGUGAUGCUGACAAUGACGAAGGCUCAGUCCCCGGGCCGUUGACGGCGGCCAGGCCGGAGGCGAGACGCAGGAGGAUGGAGUGGAGCGCUGGAGGUGUGAGGAGAGUGUAUUUCCGCAUCAAUCAGCACUGGCUGCCACGGUGACUGCAGCCUCUGGAGCAGCUGAGGCUCUGCGUGACGCCUGGUUUAAAACUCCAAAACCCUCCACGAGCGAAACAAAGCAUCAGCACAUCAUCGACAUUCUUCCUUUUGUUUCAUGUAAAGCCACAGCAGACAGACCCACACUGCCUUGAACUCAGAGAAUAAGCGUCGUCUUUCGUGUCGUCUGACUGAGUUGUUGUGUUGUGAAUGUGUGUGUUCUUCUCUUAUGCGUUUACUUGCGUCUGUACUGUGCGUGGACUGUAUCCAUAAGCUUCUUUUGCCCACUGUACUGUACGUAUGUGUGCCUGUGGACGAUCCCGUGUGUUUUAUGUGUGUGUGUGUGUGUGUGUGUGUGAGUGAUUGAUAAGUCUGGUUGUUCAUGUGAAAUUAACCAUGAAAAAUGUACAAAUUUGUAUUAAAAAAAAAAAAAUCUGAUGGCUCACCGAGUUGCGGUUGCUUGUUACAGCGAGUCUGACGGACACGUUUCAGAUCGCAGUUU